AUGAAGCUCAUCAUUGUCGGCUCGACAGACAUACUUGGGCAGGAACUUAUCAAACAAGCCCUUGACAGCAUCGAAAUCACAUUCAUCUUAGCUAUAGCAGGUCCUGGUACAGAUCCAGAACUUAGUAGCCAUUCGAAAUUGGUGACGUCCGCGAUUCCCGAAAAAAAUGAGGAAUGGGAAAGACUAAUCAUCGAUGCUAAUGGAACGCAUGCUUGUAUUUGGAACAUUACACCUAUCAUAGAAGAACCGAGAGAUUUAUUCGGAUAUCCCGACCAAAGAAAGUAUCUCAAUGAAAUUGGAUACGGCGUGGAAUGGAUGGCGAGGCGAUGGGGAGCAAAUCUCGGAAACCCUCCGCCCCCUGGUGUAGCCCCCCUCAAGUUCAUUUACGUGAGCUCUUCGCACGCCAAAAAACACCGGAGUGAGAAUACAGAGCCAACCAAAUUUUCGGUACAGGGAAACGCAGAGGAAAGAGUUUUGAGAUGCGCGGAGGAUCUCGGUGGACAAGUGCAGGCAUGCAUCGCAAAGCCAGGACACAUUGUACGUCACAAAACUGGCAAUGUCUUCAAAGAAAUGGUGCAUGCUGCUGGAUCAUGGGUUCGAGAUAGUCUUACAGGCCGGCUGCCAAGAGUUCAGGUAGAGAAAGUUGCGGCUGCGCUUCUGGACAAAGCUAUCACGGGUAACCACCCAGAAACUCUCUUUAAUAGAGAUUUGAUCAAAAUUGGGGAAGCUGUGCUCAGAGUCCCAGAGGGCGCGGUGACAGGUGGUGGACAGGCAGAAGAGGCGGGUGAACAAGGAGGCGAGACGAAUAAACAGGCAGGACAGACGGUUCAAAACGUUUGA